CUUAAAGUGAUAAAGGGUUAAUGUUGUUAAAGACUCUUAGCUUUUAAUUUUUAAAUUAUAUAUACACCUGUGUGUCUGAGUGUAGUGCAGUCACCCACUGAGACGAGAAGAGGGCGUCAGAUCCCCUUGGGGCUGAAGUUACAGGCCAUUGUGUGAGUCACCUGGUCUAGGUGCUGGGAACCAAACUGUGGUCCUCUGGAAGACCACACUCUUAACUGCUUAGCUAUUUCUCCAGUUCCCUGGCAAAGCACUCUUGGUUCCAGCUUUGGGACUUUGUCUCAAUGAUUGAUUCUGGUGACUGUGGAGUGACUUACUUAUGGUGUAUGAAUUUUCACUUGGGGAAUUGUGAAAACUUCACAUUUUCUGAGCUGCUAGAAAUGAAAUACAUUUGGAGUUGGUCUCUAGAAUCUGGUGUUUUACAGCCCCUAGAGUGGUUCUUAUGUAGUAGUUUAUCACUGAGAGUCACUGCUCUGUGGGAUCAGAGCAUCAAGGCUGAGCUUGGGAAAGUUUCUUUUAGUUAUAACCAAUAAUAUUCUGAUAUGUAAUUUUUAUUAUUUAUUCUUUAUUUUUUUUAAGAUUUAUUUUAUUUAUAUGAGUACACUGUAGCUGUCAGACAUACCAGAAGAAGGCAUCAGAUCCCAUUAGAGAUAGUUGUGAGUCACCAUGUGGUUGCUGGGAAUUCAACUCAGGACCUCCGAGAGAGCAGUCAGUGCUCUUAACCUCUGAGCCAUCUCUCCAGCCUGAUAUGUAAUUUUUUUUGGGGGGGGGCAUAUUUGUAUUUUUACUGAGAGAUAACUUUGACAUUAUUUACGUUUAAGUGACUAAAGAUUAUAUUACAGUCAUGUGAAUAAAUCCUGUAGUGUCCUAGGUGAAUAUUUAAUAAAUGUCUUUAAAAGUCACCAUGUGGAGCCAGGCAUGGUGGCGCACGCCUUUAAUCCUGGCACUCGGGAGGCAGAGGCAGGCGGAUUUCUAAGUUGGAGGCCAGCUUGGUCUACAAAGUGAGUUCCAGGACAGCCAGGGCUAUACAGAGAAACCCUGUGUCGAAAAACCAAAAAAAAAAAAAAAAAAAAAAAAGUCACCAUGAAUCCACUUAAAUACGCAUUUUAUUUCCCUGAAGAAACCCUGAUCUAUAGUCCUUAUCUGAGUGUGUACAUGUACGUGUGUGCAAGUGUAUGUGUGUGUCUGCACAUACAUACUCUUGUUCCUUGUACCUGUUAUCUCAUGAUUUUGUUUAUUUUUAGAUGUUUUAAAUUUUAUGUAUAUGAGUGUUUUGCCUGCGUGUAUGCAACAUGUACCAUGUACGUGCUUAGUACCCUUGUAGGUUAGAAGGUGUUGGAUACCUGGAACUGAGUUAUGUAGAUGGCCAUGAGUCACCAAGUGGGUGCUGGGAACUGACCUCAGGUCCUCUGUAAGAGCAACACACGCUCUUAACUACUAAGAUGUCUCUCUAACCUCUGCUUUUUAAAAAAAUGCUUAUUGUGUCAUGUAUUUUUGUGCUUUCCUUUGAAUGAGUCCACAGCUUGGAAUUACUGUUUUUAUAUAUUUACUUAUUUUAUUUUUUUGUGUAUGUGUGUUUGUGCCUGAGUGUAUGUAUGUGCACCAUAAGGGUACAUGGACCUGAAAAGACAUCAGAUCCCCUGGAACUAGUAGGACAGUUGUGAGAUGCCAUGUAGCUGCUGGGGACUGAACCCAGGGGAUGAUGAGCAGAGUGAUUGGUUUUAUGAAGGAGAAUGUGUCCCCGGAUUCACUGUCCAUAACCUUCUGCCCAAGUGGGCUCCUGAUCACUGCACUGAAGUAGAAAGGAUGGACUCCGGCCUGGAUAAACUCUCAGACCCCACGUUCCUUUUACCUUCCCGGCCAGCUCAAAGAGGAUACCAUGGUCGUCUGAAUAGGUUGCCAGGAGCUGCAGCUCGUUGCCUCAGGAAGGGGCGGAGAAGGCUGCCUGGGAAGGAGGCGAGCAUGAGCAGCCUGGGGACGGAGAGGAUCGGCCAUACCAUCAGUGACCCCCGGCAGACAGAUUUCUGGUUACCAUCAGCUGGGAAAAGAGAACGGAAUCAGUUUAAUCCACUCUCCCCUCUUUACUCCCUGGACGUUCUUGCUGAUGCUUCUCAUCGAAGGUGCUCACCUGCACACUGCUCUGCCAGGCAGGCAAGUGUACACUGGGGACCACCAUGUCCACGUGACAUUAAGAGGAAACGGAAACCUGUGGCCUCAGCAUCUUUUUCUAGCCCUAGUCCAGUGCACCCAGAUGUUCUGGAGCCGGCCAUCCCAGCUCAGAAGCCUCCUGACUCCGAGUGGUUGGACGGGACCUCUGCAGCAGAGAAAGCCACUGCCUUUCCUCCAGCCACGUUUUUCAAAAUGCCACAGGAAAAGAAUUCUGGCUGCAGCUCUAGCCCAGGAACCAAUGGGUGUUGAAACUUUGUAUUGUACAGUCUUAGUGUUCUGAUUGGCAGUCUUGGGCCUAAUGCCACAAGGACUGACUCCUCGUCACGCACAGCAGUUGCUCUUUCUUUGAGAAAAUAUUUGGGGAAUCUUUUUUUGUAAAAUAUCAAUUUUCCUUAAGUGGGUGGGGCACCCUCUGCUGUCCCCUUCCUUCGUUGCUCGCCCACCAUUCACCUUCAGCUGCUGCCUUAGAGCUGCCUCUCCUUGGCAGCUGUGUCUUUGUUCCUGAAAAUCUAGCAACAGCUUUUGCGUACCUUCUGUGUAGAGCUUUUCAUGUCGCUGAUGAAAUCCUAAAUUUGCAGCCAGUUGGAAACACGUUGCUGGAUGGGAUUGUGUCUGUGCAGUAAGGCUGGCCAUCGAGUCUCCAUCCCCUCAGGACCAGUAAGAGACAGCAACCAAGUUCUCAGCUUAGGGCCCCAGAAGAGACACCAGCAGGAUGGCGUGGGAGCCUUCCCUUGCCUGCACAUGGUCUGAGGGGAUCGCCAGCGGCUCCAUUGUACCUGACCUCAGCCUCCUGCUCAGUGUUCUCCCGAUAGGGCCCAGAGGUCUGUGUGCUCCAGUGCAGAUGGGGGUUUAGGUGCUCGGCAAACUAGUGGAUGAUGUGCUGACCCCAGCCUAAGGCUUUAUCUCCUAAGUGGAAUUUCACUGUUAGUAUUUUAGAGGUCGGUAACCAGUGGUAAGCAGAAACUCCUGCUCUUAUCUGUUAUGUAAUGGUUAGUUGGGGCCAUGGUUUAGGAAGAAACGAUGUCUUUUUGACAUGCCUUUCUAUGUGGUGUGUUUAUGACCGCUCAGCUGCAAGUACAGUUGUGUAUAUAGUUGUGCCCGAAGUUGAUGCUACUUUGUCAAGGUGAGGAGGAAGUGAGUGCCUGGAGCUGCUGGGGAAGAGCCACAUUUCCCAAAAGUGUCAUCUGGAGCACCUGCCAUUCAGGGCUGUGCUUGACACAGCUCUCUCUUUUUGUAUCAGCUGAGUGUGUUGACUGUGAAACACAUGGUAGCGUUGUUAAAUGCUCGCUGCCUUGGUCAUGUCAGAGAGAAAAACCUCUCCUUAAGACAGCUAGCAGGUGAUCCGGUGCGUCCUCUCCCUGAAGGGUCAUUAUCCCUCCCAGGGAGUGUAAGCAGUGUGUUCCCCCGAGAGCUACAUUCAUUUGGGAGGCCACUCUGUGACUCUUCAGCAGUGAGGUGGGCAGGGGCCAGAAUGUGAGUCUGUUUGCAAAGGGAAGCCUGAAGCUCGGUGGCUGAGAAUGUAUCAGCUGACCAUAACAAAAAUGGUAGAGGGGGUGCAGAAAGAGAUUGCAGGAUGAGAAGAGUAACACCAAACCCUGUCCCCCCCCCCCCCCCCCCGAGUCACUCUGGUCACAAGGUGACUUACUGUAACUGACUGUCUUAUGGGCGUCUCAGCUGCAUCCACAGAAGACAGGGACUGUGGCACUGUUACAUAGUUCAAAGGUGAAAGUGGAUGUGUGUGUGCCGUCUGCUCCUGCAGUGGCCAGUGGAACACAUUUCUACUGUCCUGAGUUGGGUUGAGGGAGAAAUCUACUGACGAUGCUUUUUAAAUAUUUCCAAACUGGUUCACUGGUCUUGAUGACGGCUUGUUGAGACCUCCACAGUUAGGUGCAGAGGUAUCCCCUAGCUUUCCUCUGUGGUACAUUGUGGUAUACUGCCUGGUCCGUCGUCCUCUUUUUACCUGGGAUUUAAAGUAGCUUAUAUAUACAUAUUUAUUUAUAUUUUAAAUAUCUCUCUGAAGCCAUGCCAAUAUUCAGAGGUGAAGGCAGAGUUGCAUGCUUUACUCCAUUGUAUGAGUGAGCCCACACUGAAACAACAGACGUCCCUGCUAGGCUGCCCUGGUUAUAUAAUCUGUUCUUUCUCAUUGGUGUCCCGAGUCAGCCUAAGGCCCACACCUAGGAAGCGCUUUCAUGACUGUUUAUCAUCUUUGUUUGUCAUGCAUUUCUACACAUUUCUGGAUACUUCUGACAGGGAUCAUCCAAGACUACAGCAUCUACCUAUAAUGAAUGGGAAUAAAGUUAUUUACCAAGAAAAUAGAAUAUUAAGCACAUAAAUUCUUUCUAAAACAGGGUUGUAAUUUAUGGUCAUUUUACAGUGUAAAUGCAUGCUUAAGGAAGCCAUUUAUCCUGCUUAUUUUCUAUGUUAACCAGCUUCAUUUGUAUUUUAAACCUUACAUUUAAAAAAUUGUUUAUGGCACAGUGGAUAAUGUCAAAAAUUAAGAUCUGUCUUUCAAGGAGAGAUGCAGUUUUGCAAUCAAGUUUUGUUGUCAGUAUUGAAGAUCACCUGCAGCCCUUAAAGAUGGCCAUUGAUUGUGCUCAUGCAUUUCAUAUCAGAAUUAAUGAAGCCAAGUGCCAUGGUUCUGACAUCUGUGUCUUGAUAUAUCCUUAUGGACUAUAUAGAUGUUUCUCUGAAUUUCACUGGUUUUUUUCCUAUAGUGGACAAAAGUCACAUUAUGCAUGAAGUCCAUUCACAAGAUUUUAGCUUUACCAGGAGGUUUCACGGGUCAGAGACUGUUCUCAGAUACAGCAUUUAAAGGAAGAGCUUCAUUAGUGUCAUCCCCUGCCUGAGUCGCUCUUUGCUCAGAGCUGAUGAGAAGAGGGAUUCAGUGCUGUGUACUAGGUGCUACACUUGUAGGGGCAGAAUACAGUGUUCUGAGUGACAUGUGGUUGGGCCUUGAGUUUUAGAAGUCAGUUGCAAUGAAAAAUUUCAGAUGGCAUUGGCUCUUAAACAAGGCAGUUCUCCCAGCAAUGACCCAACUUAAAUAAAGUGUCUUAACCCAUGGUGCUUAUGAUUGAGGUCUGUUAUUAAGGAAAGCUCAAUGUAGAACAAGUAAUUGAAUUAAUUACCAGUCCUGAAAAGAUUAAGCUUUGUAUUUGGGGAUGAGAAUCACUAAGCAUGUCUGUCUGUCUGUCUGUCUACCAUCUAUCUAUCUACAUCUACCUAUUUAAUCAUCUAUCUAAAAUUUCCUUCCAAGGUCCAGGAGGUUCUGCUGCAUCUGAGUUAGCAUCACAGAAGCCACUCAGAGCUGAGAGUUACAGGUAUUAGGAGGAGCUGCCAGGCUGCUGUGGUCACAGUUGGUGCAUUGGGCUCCUUGGCUCUGAGUGAAGGAUGUUGGGGGUGCAUGGUUCAUUUAGGGCCUCUGCUCUAUUUUGACAUCACUACUGUGGUUCUGAGCAAUGUGCUUCCCCUCCCUUCCUGGGAAAAAUGCCUGGGAUAUACUUCGGCAGCAGAAGCUGCCUUCAGUGUCUUAGGAACCUGAGAGCAGAGUAGCUGGCUCUAGCAAACAUGGCUGCUGUCUUGUUGGGGAUAUAGUUAGACAAUGAGGUAGUGGGAAGCAUUUCACACUAGUCAGCUUCUCCCUUUGCUGAAAGCUAGUUUUGCUUGUCAGUAUUUCCUUAUCCCCUGUUGCUACAGUUAGCAGUUACAGCUGCCAGCAUGGAUCAGGAUAAGUCCCUAGGGCCUGUCAGCAAGAGAAGCAAAGUCAGGGAGUGGGACCACAGGCACUACACAUGCAAGUCACCAGGGGUGACUCCUGUGUUAUGGUCUCUGAAAAAGGAGGGCCUGUGCCUGGAAACGCAGUACUGCUGAAGAGAGUAGACCUAAGGUUUUUUCACAAAGGAGCCUAGCCAUCUUGGACAGAGAGAGGAAAGGGGUGCUCCUAGCAGAGCCACAGACUGGUCCUUAGACUAGCAGCGAGCUCAGUGCUGAAGACGGUCGCUGUGGAGAACAGUCUCCAGCAAAGGGGAAGGGUCAGCUCAGGGCAGUCCUCAGACCAGCUGCACCUACCUACUGACUCAGCACGUUCCCCAUAUGUUUCCUCCCAGACACCUGAAAGAUGAAUACCAAGAAAGGGUGAUAUGGAAGAAACCGUCCCAGUGGCCACAAGAGAAGAUAGGAGUGGUCAGUAAUAUAAGAUAUACGUUAUAUAAGAUACAGCCACCUGUGAGCCUACAGUCUUUCUUCUUUAAGUCAUAGUUUCAGGGAAAUGCCAUACACAUCUUUCCCCACAUAAUGAGGUAUAUUCUUCAAUAUAUAGCUCAGAAAAAUGAAAACUAAAACCUAAUACCUCCUGUUCACCGCAGGUACAUGGUAGGCAUCGAUAGAGCUUGGUAAUCCCAGAACUUCAGUCCUUCACAGCCCACACACAUUCUCACGGCGGCUUUACACACAGCUGAUAGGGUGCGAGGCCUUGGAGUCCAGCAGGAGUAGCACACUGCUUUGUUGUCUGAGGCAUGGCUUCAGCACUUCAGAGUAUGAUCAUCUCUAAGCUCUCAAAAGAAAUGGACAUUGGUCUUUAUGAUUUAUUAAUCAUAAUUAAGGCGGGUUCUGACUACUGUCAAAGCUCACAACUCAAGCCUUCCCUUCCAGACAGAUGUGGUGAAGGAGUUCUGGGAACUGUCUAGCCUUGUUCUUUAUUCUUUUGCCUGUGUGGUUGGUUUGGCUCUCAACUGUUACACCUGUUUAGAACAUGAUACGGCUUUUCUUUCCCAUCUUAAACACCAAUUAAAAGUACCUGUUGCCAAAAAUGUCAGCAUUACUAAAUAACUAUCAAAAGUCUCUUGGUAGUGCUGGGCCUGGUGGCACACAUCUUUAAUCCCAGUAUCAGGGAGGCAGAGGAGUUCGAGGCCAGCCUGGUCUAUAUGCUGAGUUCUAGAACAGCCAGAGCUAUGUAGAGAAAUGCUGUCAAAAAAUGUCUUGAUGGUGGCUCAUGGCUCAUGCCCCCAGCAGUGCCAAGGUGGAGGCAGGGGCAUUCUAGGCUGGCCUGAACUUUGUAGCAAGACUUUGUCUUUAACAACCAGUUUUAAAAGCCUCCUAAAGUUUUAAUAAUGCAAUUUUUUUCUACAAGGUAGUUUAUGGCCCUUGAAUCUUCAAAUAUUAUAAAUUGAAGAAUGAAAGAAGACAGAGAAUUUCAAAAUAGCCCCUGGGUAGCUUUUUAAACUUAACUACAUCGUAUUCUUGCCGAUGGCCGAUGAACAACAGCUGAACAAAAUGACACCACCCCAGAGUCAUGUAACAGCUCCUCCUGCCCAGUGUCCCUGCUGGUGCCCCUCCUGGUAGCAGUUACUGCAAAGCAGCCAUUCCUAACCCUGUUAACCCCAGCCUCUCAGCAACUGAUCUCACUCCCCCCCCCCCCCCGUCUCCCAACCGCACUCCUUCUCUUGCCCAGGUCGGUUGCCUUCUCCCCUCUUGAUUUGUGCAUUACUUGAGCUAGCUGUCAUAGAUGGUGUUGCAUUUUUAAUAUGCUCAUAAGCUCUUCCCUUCAAACACUUUUUCUUAACUCUGGACACCUGCCUUUCACUGAAGUAUGCCCCCUACUCUACCUAUGAAUUCUCUUGUCUAUUGAAGCAGGGCUUUUAAAUCCUGGACACACAUGACGAUCAACUGGGAGUUUUAGAGGGAAUGAUGGUUCAGCAGGUGAAGGGCAUUUGUCACCAAGCCUGAUAAUUUGAGUUCUGCCCCUGGGACUCACAAGUGUCCGUCCUCUGCCCUGUACAGAUACGUCGUGGCACAUGUGCACAAUAAAUAUGACUUUCUUUUCAUUAAAGGCAAAACAGUUGUCAAGCAAACUUUAGGGAGAGUCCAUCCCAUAUUUACUAUCUUAUGCCUAUGUAUAAUUGUACCUUCUAACUAUAAUUCUCUCUAUAAAAGCUACUGAUUUU